CAAAAUCUUAGUCUUCAACUCCUCGAUUCUUAUUUCCCUGAAAGCCUUUCACUUUCUUGCGUCUUCCUCUACCCAUAAAUCUUUCACUCCUCAAUUCACAGGCAAGGAACACGACAAUAUGGCAAAUGACACUACAAACUAAUAUUUUACCAUCGUUUCAAGGUCAUUUUAACUGCAAAAAAAAAAAUCAGAGCUUUAAUUUGAAAUGUCGAGGUUUAUUGCAAAGAUAGCGGGGUUUUUCAGCAAGCGGACCAUGGCAGGGAUUGACAAAGCUGGGAAUCGUUAUUUCGCUCGUAAUCAACUCAUUGAUGGAGUCAUGAAAGAAAAGAGAUGGGUGAUAUUUGAAGGAGAAGAUGAUCCUACGUCAAUACCAGUUGAAUGGAUAUGUUGGCUAAAUGGACAACGCAAAAAUGCCCCAACACCUGAGGAGAUGGCUGAGCUUGAGGCCAGACGUGAAUUUCUUAGACAAAAUGUGGAGCGUCUAAAGAAAGAGGAGGAAGAAAGAAGAGCUAUUCAGCGCAAUACUGCAAAGAUAACUGGUAAAGUUGGAGGUCCAGAUUUGAAUAGUUUCCUGCGACAAGUACCCAAAAAAGAAGGAAAUCAAUCUCAGGAGGAAGCAUCUGGAGCUGACAAUUUGAGCGAACCUGAUACAGAAAAAGAAAAAACAAUCUCAUCUCAGGAAAUGCCUGGACCAUGGACAACAGAACCAUCGGGGUCAGGCACUUCUUUCAAGCCAGGAACUUGGCAACCACCAUCAUAGGGCCCAAAUUUUGGAAUCUCUUAACCGUGAAACUCUUCAUUCAGUGUGCGAUGAAACUAUUUCGAGUGGAAAUGCCUGGCUGGAUCAACACAUUAAAAGGCGUAGGUUUUUAUACCUUCUCUAAUUUCAUGUUAAUUUUGUGUUCAUAGGAACAAAAUAGUAUAAAUAUACCAAAUGCAUUGCCAUAGGGAUAGAACCAGUGUCACAUGAUUUGCUAAUUCCUUUGUGUGGACUAUUUUUGAGCAAUUUUGAGCGAACGAAAUCGAAUUAGCCGGCAAGUUAUAUUACACUAACAGUAAUCUUUGCAACUUUACUUUCAUUUGACAAUGUUUUCUUUUUUUGAGUCACA